AUGGAGUUGGGAAAUGUCACCAGAGUAAAAGAAUUUAUAUUUCUGGGACUUACUCAAUCCCAAGACCAGAGUUUGGUCUUGUUUCUUUUUUUAUGUCUUGUGUACAUGACGACUCUGCUGGGAAACCUCCUCAUCAUGGUCACCGUGACCUGUGAGUCUCGCCUUCACACCCCCAUGUACUUCCUGCUCCGCAAUCUAGCCAUCCUUGACAUCUGCUUCUCCUCCACAACUGCUCCUAAAGUCUUGCUGGACCUUCUGUCAAAGAAAAAGACCAUAUCCUAUACAAGCUGCAUGACACAGAUAUUUCUCUUCCACCUCCUUGGUGGGGCAGACACUUUUUCUCUCUCUGUGAUGGCGUUUGACCACUACAUGGCCACCUCCAAGCCCCUGCACUAUGUGACCAUCAUGAGUAGAGGGCACAUCAUGAGUAGAUGCACUGCCCUCAUCUCUGCCUCCUGGAUGGGGGGCUUUGUCCACUCCAUCGUGCAGAUCUCCCUGUUGCUGCCUCUCCCUUUCUGUGGACCCAAUGUUCUUGACACUUUCUACUGUGAUGUCCCCCAGGUCCUCAAACUCGCUUGCACUGACGCUUUUGCUCUUGAGCUCUUGAUGAUUUCCAACAAUGGCCUGGUCACUACCCUGUGGUUUAUCUUCCUGCUCGUGUCCUACACAGUCAUCCUAAUGACGCUGAGGUCUCAGGCAGGAGGGGGCAGGAGGAAAGCCAUCUCCACUUGCACCUCCCACAUCACUGUGGUGACCCUGCAUUUCGUGCCCUGCAUCUAUGUCUAUGCCCGGCCCUUCACUGCCCUCCCCACAGAUAAGGCCAUCUCUGUCACCUUCACUGUCAUCUCCCCUCUGCUGAACCCUUUGAUCUACACUCUGAGGAACCAGGAAAUGAAGUCAGCCAUGAGAAGACUGAAGAGAAGCCUCGUGCCUUCUGAAAGGGAAUAG